AUGGCUCAGAAGGUGCGAGUGGACGAGGAGAUGGAGGCCUAUCCCACCGAGUCCGUGGACCUGCGCUGUCAGUUCAUCGACGGAGGAGGGAAGACCAAGCUCACUCAGGUGUCAUGGAUUUGGGAGCCCAUUGACGGACAGCGAGACAACAUCGCGGUGUACCAUCCCAUCUACGGCGAGAGCUUCCCCAAUCCGGAGUUCAAGAACCGCGUGUCCUUUCUGCACAACAGCCUGCAAAACCCGUCCAUCCGCAUCUCGGACCUCAAGAUGGCCGACGCGGGACGAUACACCUGCGAGUACGCCACAUACCCCACCGGCAACGAGCAGGGCACCACCACCUUGAUCAUGCUGGGUGAGUCCAGGCUGCUUCUAUGUUUGCUCAAGAUUGGUUGGUUGAUUGUUAUUGGGAUGUUUGUCAUUCACGUAAAGUCCUGA